UUCCUUCACUACUCUCUAGUGAUGUGAGAGGCACCGUCGCCGGCAACAUUUCGCCGGAGAAUGGCAUAUAUGUGCACCGAUAGCGGCAAUUUAAUGGCGAUAGCCCAACAAGUAAUCCAGCAGAAACAACAGCAAGAACAACAGCUUCAUCAACAACAGCAGCAUCAACAGCCAAUAGUGACUGUAAAUCCAUUUUGGAACACAACCACCCACCAGUCUCCGGCCAUGGGGUACGGCUUUUCCGAUCCGUUUGAGGGCGGGGCGGCGGAUGUCACCGGAGGUGAAGAGACGGCUGGAUUUCAGUUCCCGAAUCUCGACCAUCAUCACCACCAUCAGAGCGGGUUUAGGUUUGCUGAUUUUGUGGCGGCGUCUGGUUCGGUGGGGGAGUUUGACACCGAUGAAUGGAUGGAGAGUUUGAUAGAUUCGACGACCGAGAGUUCGACAUGGCAACCGAGCUCGGAUUUUACUCUGUACGCCGCGGAUCCGUUUUCCGAUUGUCCGAGUCGACUCGCGUGCCCUACGGAUCUAAAAAACGGUAACUCUACUUGGGCUCCGCCGCCGGCGGUAUUGACUUCAGAUCAUCUGAUACCGCCGGAAGAGAAGGAAUUGAAGCCUCCGAAGCUGGAAAAAGCUCCGCCGCCGUCGUCCAAACAAGAUGUAGCAUCUACGAGUUCACCGGAAAGGAUUUUGACAAAACCCUUGCUCAAAACCCUAACGGAUUGCGCUCGAAUUGCCGAUACAGAUCCCGGAAAAGCCAUAAAACCAUUGAUUCGCCUCCGUGAUUCGGUGUCCGCCGACCACGGAGAUCCCACCGAGAGAGUAGCUUUCUACUUCGCCGAAGCUCUCCAUAGUCGGGUGACGCAGAAACCUCGAACCACCGCUGAUAUGGCUUCGCCGGAGGAAUUCACCCUCACUUACAAAGCUCUCAACGAUGCUUGCCCUUAUUCUAAAUUCGCACAUCUCACUGCAAAUCAAGCAAUCCUCGAAGCAACAGAAAAAGCCGAAAGAAUCCACAUCGUCGAUUUUGGAAUAGUUCAAGGGGUUCAAUGGGCAGCUCUUCUUCAAGCUUUAGCAACCCGACCCGCCGGAAAACCAACCCAUAUUCGCAUCUCCGGCAUUCCAGCUUUGAUACUGGGGGAUUCUCCAGCAUCGGAGCUUCUUGCAACCGGCAACCGUCUCCGUGAGUUCGCGAAGGUUCUAGAUCUGAAUUUCGAAUUCGAACCCAUCUUGACUCCGAUAGAAGAACUCAACGUAUCAAGUUUCUGGGUCGACCCAGAUGAGUUUUUAGCCGUUAAUUUCAUGCUCCAACUCUAUAACUUGCUCGAUGAAAACUCCGGCGCCGUCGAGAAGGCUCUGAAGCUGGCGAAAUCGUUGAACCCAAGUAUAGUCACAUUGGGGGAAUACGAAGCGAGUUUGAAUCGGGUCGGGUUUCUCCAACGUUUCAACAACGCACUCAACUACUACUCAGCUGUAUUUGAUUCCCUUGAACCGAAUAUGACCCGAGACUCGCCGGAUAGAUUGCAGGUGGAGAGAUCCUUAUUCGGCCGGCGAAUAGCAGCGGCGGUAGGGCCAGAAGAAGAAGGAAACAAAAGGGAACGGAUGGAAGACAAAGAACAAUGGCGGAUGACAAUGGAGAAUUCCGGUUUUGAAACGGUAAAUUUCAGCAACUACGCAGUAAGUCAAGCAAAGAUACUGCUAUGGAGUUACAAUUACAGCGAUAUGUACAAUUUGAUUGAUUCUGAUCCUGGGUUUCUAUCUCUUGCUUGGAACGAUGUACCUCUUCUCACUGUUUCUUCAUGGCGUUAAUUUUUUAGUUUUUUUUUUCCUGAAAUUAUGAUCUUUUUUUUUGGGUAAUGGUGUAAUGGUACAGAUUAAACGAUUAGAUCCGCCAUUAAUGGUGUUCUUUUUUUGAAACCUUUGCUGUGUUUUUAGUAUGGGAUGACGAAGCCUGGUCCAAGUUUAGGAAAAAGCUGAAAUAUUAGAUCCGCCAUUAGUGGUGUUUUUGAAGCUUUUUUUCUUUUG